UUGCGAUCAUACUCAAUUGUCGUCAUAAUACGGUUUUACAACAGUUACUGAGAAAUGAGAACCUAGAAGGUAUUUGAUAUUGCGAUAGGAUCGCAGUCAAGUUCUAUUUCGUGGAAUCAUCGCGGAGCCACCAUCACUUCACCACCGCUGGAAUAUUCCGACUUGCGCCAACGACUUGUCGCGUGCUAUUACAUCAACGAUCACAUUCAACAAGAACAAGGAUCGAGGAGUCUUUAUCCUCAGAAAGACGCUGAAAGAUCCUCUCGAGAGGCUUGGCUACCUACGUAGCCAGUCGCCUUUACUUCCUUCAACAUGGCGGACCAGAAACUUGUGUGGAACGCCGACAACGUUCGCGAUGUCGCAGAGUCCGUCGGAAUAUCACAACUGGGUGAAGAGGCCGUGAGGGCACUAUCACAGGAAGUUGAAUAUCGUGUGGGCCAGGUUAUUGUGGAAGCGACGCGAUUUAUGCAGCAGGGGAAACGGACUGUGCUGGGAACGCAGGAUAUAUCACAAGCCUUGAAGGUGUUGGACGUUGAGCCUCUAUAUGGCUACGAAUCCACUCGACCUCUCAGAUUUGGAGAAGCUUCGCUGGGCCCUGGACAACCACUAUUCUAUAUUGAAGAUGAGGAGGUGGAUUUUGAGAAGCUCAUUAAUGCGCCCUUGCCCAAAGUGCCAAGGGACAUUUCAUUCACUGCACACUGGCUCGCUGUGGAAGGAGUCCAGCCUUCAAUACCCCAGAAUCCCACAACCGCUGAAGCAAGAACACAAGAGCUGGUCCCCAAGGGCGCAAACGCCAACCCCACCCUGACCGCUCUAACGGGCAACGACAAUGUCGGCUUCAAGCCACAAGUCAAGCACAUCCUCUCCAAAGAGUUGAUGCUCUACUUUGAGAAGAUCCGCACCGCCAUCCUCGACACCGACCCGGAUGACGACGUCGUCCGCCUCCGUGUCGCCGCUCUCGCCAGCGUCGAAAACGACGAAUCCCUCCAGCAACUCGUGCCGUACUUUGUGCAGUUCAUUGCUGAGAAGGUGACACAUAACACAAAGAACAUCUUCGUCUUGCAAACUAUGAUGGAGCUUGCCUCUGCGCUCACAAGAAACGAGCGUCUCUUCAUCGACCCUUACACCACAACCCUCUGCUCCUCCGUACUUACAUGCCUCGUCGGUCGUGGUCUCACGAAUGCCACCCCUGUGGAGGUCAAGGACCACUACAAGCUUCGCGAGUUCUCCGCGUCCCUCCUCGGGCAUAUCGCGAAGAAGUACGCCAAGUCGAGUCAGCAGCUCAAGCCGCGUCUGGCACGUACUGUUCUCAAGUACUUCCUUAACCCCAAGAAGCCGCUCGACCAACACUACGGCGCCAUCAGUGGUUUGGUCGCGGUGGGUGGUCCGGAGUCGGUGCGCAUGCUUAUCAUCCCGAAUCUGAAAGCCUAUAACUCAGUGUUGGCCAAAGGACAGACCGAGAGUCCCCUCGAUGCGGAGAUGGUCGUUGGUGCCCUGAUGAAGGCGGUUAGGACUCUGGAGGAGGACGCAGCGGUCCUGGCGAAUGGGAAUGGCAACGGUAUUGAGGAGCUGUCAGCACAGGUGGAAGAGUUCGUGGGGCCCAUCAUCGGUGACCAGAUCAGUAAGCUUGGCGACCAUAAGCUUGAGAAGGCGAUUCUGGAGUGUCGAUCAUGAUUGGGCAAGGAAACGUUAGAGUAGGGCGGAUAAGCAUGUAAUGGCGUACGGAGUUUGAGGGCAAUGGUGCAAAAAGCACUUUGAUACAGGCAGAAAUAGGGAUAGGGGGAUGAGGGCCGGAUGGAAAUAUAAUGCUAGUCUCUUCCGUAAUACACCCAAAAUAUUUACGUUCACGUCCCGGAAGAUGCACCGUUCACUCCAUUGCUUCGUCCAAAG